AAAGCUGCGUACUAUUUAAAAAAAAUCUCUAAUCUUGCCUUUUGAUCGGGACUACAGACGACAACAAAAAACUUCCAUACUUAUUGGGAGAGGAUUUACAAAGAGAACUUCACUUGUUAGGUUGUCAAAGCGUAAGAAGUCUGGUCUGGAUCCAAACCGACGACGAUGUUGUCGGUUUAUCAGCGCAGAUUUGGACCGAGAUGAGAUAGCUGCCGCUGUUUGUCGUCCUGCCAGGACUCAGCUGCCAGCUCUUAUUUUUAUAUUUCACUUCAUCCACACGUAGAGGUUGCAGUCGUUGCUGAUCGAGUUUUCAUUUUGGGAGCAAAGAGGGAAAACAGCGGACGAACUUUUCCCAGAAACGGCGCUUGGUCGUUACUGAAGCAGGAAAGGAUGUGAACAUCUGUAAUUGAGCUGUUUUAGACGAAAAGUAAACCGAUUUAUUACACUCUUGAAAUGGAGUCAGCUGUAUUUUAAACGUACAUUCUGCUUUUGACUUACGUUUGGCCGCGGAGGGACACUUCAAUUAACUUUGAUAUGGAAGACGUGCGGCGUUCGCGUCUGUCACGUUAAGGAGCGAGUAGAUAAAAGAGAUGGGAAGCUCUGCUCUGCUCACAGUGGUGCUAAUUGGGGCGUUUCUGUGGAUCUCUGCUGUCCAUGCAGAUUCUAAUGACGAUGAGAAGCUGCUGUGUACAUGCGAGAAUGCCAAAGGCACAUGCGUGAAUGGAACUUGCAGAGGAGACAUCUGCUUCUACACAUGGGUGCAUGGAUAUGAGGAGAGGGGAUGUUUCUCCAGAGCUAACUACAGGGAGCAGUGCUUCACCUCCUUUGACCGCUUCCAUGUCUCCUGCUGCUUCAAGAGCCUGUGCAAUGCCAACGCCACACCACCUCCAGAUAUUGAUCCAACAGAAAAGCCUUCAGAGACCACCCGUCCAGAGCUGUGGAUCACGUUGUCCCUGCUGAUGUUGAUCACGACUGCCAGUGUGUGUGGCCUGGUGCUGUUCCUGCGCUGCCGACAUGCACACGGCAGACUGAAAAAUGUUGAAGAGCAGGAUGUCACCAUGAUCAAGGUCCCUAAUGGAGAAGACCCCACAUACGGGGAUAUAUUUGAUGAGUUUUGUACAUCAGGGAGUGGGACCGGGCUACCCUAUCUGGUCCAAAGGACUAUGGCAAGACAAAUCUCUCUUGUCCAGUGUGUCGGUAAAGGCAGGUAUGGGGAGGUGUGGAGGGGAACUUGGAUGGGGGAGAGUGUGGCCGUCAAGAUCUUUUCAUCCAGGGAUGAGCAGUCCUGGUUCAGAGAGACCGAGAUCUACAAUACUGUACAGCUGAGACACGACAAUAUACUGGGUUUCAUAGCCUCUGACAUGACAUCCAAGAAUUCCAGCACCCAGCUGUGGCUCGUCACCCACUUUCAUGAGCUGGGUUCACUCUACGACUUCCUGCAGUACAGCAGUUUGGAGCCAGAGAGCUGCCUGAGGAUGUGCCUGUCUGUGGCCUGCGGCCUGGUCCACCUUCACACUGAGAUUGUCAGCUCCCAGGAAAAGCCCGCUAUUGCCCACCGAGACCUGAAAAGCCGGAACAUCCUGGUAAAGCGCAACGGACAGUGUUGCAUUGCUGACCUAGGUUUGGCUGUGAUACACUCUCAGUCCCAUGACUACCUCGAUGUGGGCAACAACCCUCGUGUGGGGACCAAGCGCUACAUGGCCCCUGAAGUGCUGGAUGAGACUAUCCGUAUGGACAUCUUUGAGUCCUAUAAGCAAACUGAUAUCUGGGCCCUGGGCCUGGUCUUCUGGGAAAUUACCCGCAGGACCAUCGUCAAUGGGAUCGUAGAAGAAUACCGGCCUCCCUUCUUUGACCAGGUGCCCUUAGAUCCCAGCUUUGAGGAGAUGAAGAAGGUGGUGUGUGUGGACCAGCAAAGGCCCAGUCUGCACAACAGGCUCCAUUCCCAUCCUAUCCUAACGGCCAUUGGGAAGAUCAUGAAGGAGUGUUGGUACCAGAGCCCACCAGCCCGCCUCACUGCCCUGCGGGUGAGGAAGACGCUCUCCAAACUGGACCAUGACAGUGACUUCAGCAUUGAGAAGCUCAAGCAGGACAUCUAGAGCAGAGCACCGGGAUGAAACAGGGACAAACGACUAAAACCACCAGAAGGGAUUAUGCACCACAUUCCAAAAGCACAAGAUGCAUAUCAUUAGCAUAUUUUGAGCUAAUGAUUCACACAAUCGCUGCAUUAUAUUAAAACCAUAUGACUUUCAGCUGUAGUGUCUAGACCAGCUCCUGAGGCUAUUUUUCUUUUAUGUACCCUAAUUUUCGUCAAACAAAAAAGGCCCCAAAAACAAAACUAUUAGGACCAAAAAAUAGUGUCAAAUUCAAAUCCUUUUUUAUCAUUUUUGCUCAGCUGUUAAAAUUAAUUUCCGAAGCAGAAUAAUUAACAUGGAACAAUUCAAAGGCUGUUCUACAUGCACAGGGCUCAUUCAUUAUUUUCAUGACAUAAAGGAAAAACACAUUACUCAUCUUAUCGAGAAGAGGAGGAGUAUGUAAUUCUGGACUUUCUCUGGUCAUUUUUGGGAAAAACCCAUUUGUGUAAUUUCAGAGUCCAAAGCCACAAAAAACAAAGGUCUUAAAAUAGAAAUACAGGAAAUACUUAAGUGAAAACAUUCUAAAGCACAUUACCUGCAUAUUUAACUUAUAUAAAAUCAGCAUUUAUUAUCUGCACACAUACACAUUGAGCUAUUUAGUUGUACAUAUUCUAACAGCAUUGAAGCUGUUGUCUUGUAUCACCAUUGGGUUUAUUGUAAAUAUAUUUUAAAAGGGUAUUAUUUUCAAUUAUUCAACAUGAGACACAUUUUAUAUACAUUUUUUUACGACACAACAUUUUAAAAGUAUUUUUUUACAUUUCUGUAGGCCAAUAAUGUACCAUCACCAUUACUACGGUCAGUAAGGGAAUUCACAAACAGACAUGUAAUGUUGUAUGUUGAAUAAAGGACUGUAUUUUUCAA